AUGGCUCGACGUCUCAUUCUAUGCUGCUGCAUUUUCGGCCUCGCCUUGGCGCUCCCAGCCCCGCAGUCCGAGCAAUCUACAGAAUACGACCUGACAACAGAGAGCUACGACGACAAUUAUGAUAGCGGCGAAGAAUCAGCAAAUUGUACAUAUCUCGGGAGGCCCUGCGGCCUCACCGAGCGUUGCAACAGUUGCGGAGAAAAGUGCGAAGAGACCUGCGAUGGGCAUCACGUGAAAUGCCCUCUCAUCAACUUCUGCCCAGAGAAGUCGGCAGAAGGCGUGUGCGAGUGCCUGCCCGGAUUUGCCCGGAAUUCCGAUCAAGAAUGCGUGCUGGCGGUAAACUGCAGGCACGGAAGUCAUCAGACGGUUAGAAAAUACCCACAACACCUCGGCGGUGGGCAGCACCAUUUCCUGCUCAAGGACGAUGAGAAUUUCUCGCCCAGCGAUAUCAGCCCGGACCAGAAUUGCAGUCGGAAUGCGGACUGCAUCAACGGAGAGCGGUGUAACGUGUGUGGACCUCGUUGUGAAGAGACUUGUGGUCGUCAUCAUUCGAGCUGCCCACUGAUAAACGUGUGCGUCGACGACCUGUCCCCGGAUGCGUGGGGCGUCUGCGAGUGCGUGCCCGGGUUUGCGCGUGACGCAAAUGGGAAUUGCGUACUGCCAAUGGCAUGCGAGGGCUCCCUGGUCCUGCAAAAGCCGCAGUACCAACCGCAAGCAGAGCCCGACUCGGCCUCGAUCGACAAAUUCUCCUCGUUAAUCGCGUUUGUGCUGUAUUUGUGCAUUGUG